CUCUCUCUCCCUCUCUCGAAACCUCGUCGUUUACCUCUGCACUCUCUCUCUCUCUCUCUCUCUCUCUCUCUCUCUCUCACACACACACACACACACACACGCCUUUCGAGAUCAAUUUACCGCCUUCCCUAUCAAUAAACUGCAUUUCUCUCUCCCUCACUUCGCUUUCAACUUUCCCGCUCCUCUCUCUCUCUCUCUAAACUGCUCUCCACUUGCCCAGUUUCUUUUCCCGUGCAACAGAAUUUUCGAGAUACGUCGAUCUUAAAAAAUGAAUACAAGAAUCCGCGCUACUCUACACCCCAUCAAAGCUCCAUUGAAUCCUCCAAAAGAGAAGAAGAUGGAAGUAAAGGGAAGCAGAGCGCAGGGUACCCAGAAAGCCACGGCGAAUCGGCGUAAAAUUAAUAGAGAAAGAACAUUGGCUUUACUUGAAGAUGUGGAUAAACUGAAAAAGAAGUUAAGACAUGAAGAGAAUGUCCAUAGAGCACUGGAGAGAGCUUUCAAUAGACCAUUGGGAGCUUUGCCUCGUCUUCCUCCUUAUCUACCUCCAGAUACACUAGAGCUUCUUGCUGAGGUAGCUGUUUUAGAAGAGGAGGUUGUUCGGCUGGAAGAGCAAGUUGUCAAUUUUAGACAAGGUCUAUAUCAGGAAGCCGUUCACACAACUCCCAGAAGGAAUGCAGAGAAUUCAGUUGAUUUAUGUGAAGAGUUUUCAGCUAGAAGUUCCAAACAAGAAGAAUCACAGUGUUUGUCCCAGAAUGAUGCAAAUUCAGGAUUAUAUGGAAUGCAGACUUGUCGUUUGCUAUCCAGGAGUGCUUCAAGUAGAAAAUUAUUUUCAUCUAAACCCGUCUUUGAUAAAACCAGUCAUUGUUCUAAUAGGACAAUGCAUAGUGAACAAGCUUUGGAAAAACCCACUACCUCUUUGGAAGAUGGGCGGGGAAAGGAGAAUCGAUCAUGUCCUAAUUCUGCAAAGGACAAGAAUGAUAAGCAACCUCCAGAAAAGAGAACUUGUAGUUUCAAGACCUCUGUGAAGAGAACUCCAAUCAACACAACAGAAAAAUGUGCUGAUUCUCCGAAGUUACAGUUGGAUUUCAGAUUAGUAGACCGAGAACGAGCACAAGAGAGCUCUGUCCAUUCAUGUGAUGUUGGAGUGGUGGAGGUUGGCAGCACUGCAAACAAAAUUUCUGAGGAUGUUUUGAAGUGCUUGUCUAGCAUAUUUCUGAGGCUCAGCACUUCAAAGAACAAGAGUUUUGGUUCAAAGUCCAUUCCUUCUCUAGUGUAUCUCUCUCAUGAGAGCCAUCAAGACACAGACUUUCAGGAUCCAUAUUCCUUCUGUUCAGAAUUCCGAAAGAGAGAAAUUGGUCCUUAUAAGCAUCUCUUUUCUAUUGAAUCCGGCACAAUUGAUCUGAAGAGGAAAGCGAAUGCUUCAUUUUUGGUCCAUAGGCUAAAGCUUCUCCUCAGCAAACUAGCCUCUGUCAAGUUGGAGGGUCUUACUCAUCAGCAGAAGCUUGCGUUUUGGAUAAACACUUACAAUUCCUGCAUGAUGAAUACAUUUCUAGAGCAGGGGAUACCUGAAACUCCUGAAAUGGUCGUCAGACUGAUGCAAAAGGCUACAAUUUCUGUGGGAGGACACUUGUUGAAUGCAAUCACAAUUGAGCAUUUUAUCUUGAGGCUACCUUAUCACUUGGAAUACACUUGUCCAAAACUGGCAAGAAAUAAUGAAGUGAAAGCACGCAGCAUAUUCGGGUUGGAGUGGUCUGAACCCUUGGUUACAUUUGCACUAUCGUGUGGAAGUUGGUCCUCCCCAGCUGUGAGGGUGUAUACUGCAUCUCGAGUUGAGGAUGAGUUGGAAGCAGCAAAGAGAGACUAUUUACAGGCGGCAGUAGGCAUUUCGACAACAAACAAGUUAAUAAUCCCCAAGCUGUUAGAUUGGUAUCUUCUCGACUUUGCAAAGGACUUGGAAGCACUGCUGGAUUGGGUUUGCUUGCAGCUCCCUGAUGACCUCAGGAAUGAAAUGGUUAAAUGGCUCGAGGUAAAGGGAAGAGAGCCUCUUUCACAGUUGGUUCAUGUAACGCCAUACAAUUUCAGUUUCAGGUACCUAAUACAUCAAUAAACUCAUAUUUCCUCUGCGAAACUUGAGUCUACGUCUACGGCAUUAGGUACAUUUGUAUAUCUGGUCUUUCAAGAAAACUAUGGGGGUAUUUUCCCUCCAAGUGAGUUUUGAGUCUUGGUUAUUGAUUUAUUCAAAUUGGUUUU